UGUCCUUAAAAGCACAAAAAUCCCCAGUCUUUUUGUUCUUUUUUUUUUGUAUUUUUUUUCAUUUGUUUCGGUGGACCAACUUUUAGCCAACCUCCAAUUCCUCCGCCGUGACAAAAAGAAAGGAUGAAGAAAGCGACGGUGGGAGCCGCCGUGGUUGGCGCCGCUACGGUAUGUGCUGUGGCGGCAUUCAUAGUGAACCACCGUAUGCGCAAAUCUAGUAAAUGGGCACGUGCUAUGGCUAUUCUUCGUGAAUUUGAGGAAAAGUGUGGGACCCCUGAUGCUAAGCUCAAGCAAGUCGCUGAUGCUAUGACCGUCGAGAUGCACGCUGGACUUGCCUCCGAAGGUGGUAGCAAGCUCAAGAUGCUUAUCACUUACGUCGAUAAUCUCCCCACCGGUGAUGAAGCCGGCGUCUUUUAUGCGUUGGAUCUUGGUGGAACAAAUUUUCGAGUAUUGCGAGUGCAACUUGGUGGAAAAGAUGGUGGUAUUGUUCAUCAAGAAUUUGCGGAGGCAUCAAUUCCUCCAAAUUUGAUGGUCGGGACUUCAGAAGCACUUUUUGAUUAUAUUGCGGCAGAACUUGCAAAAUUUGUCGCUGAGGAAGAGGAAAAGUUUCAACAACCUCCUGGUAAGCAGAGAGAACUAGGUUUCACCUUCUCAUUCCCGGUAAUGCAGACUUCAAUCAACUCUGGGACUAUUAUGAGGUGGACAAAGGGCUUCUCCAUUGAUGAUGCGGUUGGCCAAGAUGUUGUUGGAGAACUCACAAAAGCUAUGAAAAGAAAAGGAGUUGAUAUGCGGGUCUCAGCUCUGGUGAAUGAUACUGUUGGGACGUUGGCUGGUGGUAAAUAUACACACAACGACGUAGCUGUUGCUGUUAUCUUAGGUACAGGGACCAAUGCAGCUUAUGUGGAACGGGUGCAGGCGAUUCCAAAGUGGCAUGGUCCAGUGCCAAAAUCUGGUGAAAUGGUUAUCAACAUGGAAUGGGGUAAUUUUAGGUCAUCCCAUCUUCCCUUGACACAGUAUGAUCAUGCGUUGGAUACUAAUAGUUUGAAUCCUGGUGAUCAGAUAUUUGAGAAGAUGACUUCUGGCAUGUACUUGGGAGAAAUUUUACGCAGAGUUCUACUCAGGGUGGCUGAAGAUGCUGGCAUUUUUGGUGAUGAGGUCCCUCCAAAGCUCAAGAGUCCAUUUGUAUUGAGGACACCUGAUAUGUCUGCUAUGCAUCAUGACAUAUCCUCUGAUCUGAGAGUGGUUGGUGACAAGCUGAAGGAUAUUCUAGAGAUAUCUAAUACCUCCUUGAAGACAAGGAGAUUAGUCGUUGAGCUGUGCAACAUCGUUGCAACACGAGGGGCAAGGCUUGCAGCUGCAGGUAUAUUGGGAAUCUUAAAGAAGAUGGGAAGGGAUACACCUAGGCAAGGUGGUCCAGAAAAGACGGUUGUAGCCAUGGAUGGCGGAUUGUAUGAGCACUAUACAGAGUACAGAACGUGCUUAGAGAACACAUUGAAGGAAUUGCUUGGAGAUGAAUUGGCGACAAGCAUUGUUUUCGAGCACUCCAAUGAUGGUUCUGGCAUUGGUGCUGCUCUUCUUGCUGCCUCUAACUCAAUGUACCUUGAAGAUAAGUCCUAGGAGUGAUCAAAUCCCUUUCUUGCUAGAGGAAACCACCUUUUACUCUUUAUAUUUUGCUCUCGAGCAUUUUCUUCAAUUUUUCUCCGGAUUAUACCAUCAAGCAUAUUUAAUAAAUUUCCCAGUACCUUUUUAUCUCUAGGAAUUUUUUCCUAGAAAUGCCUACACAUCUAGCAUACCUUUUUAAGUCGCUUUCAGCACUGUUGGUUCUCUCUUUAAUCUCUUUUUCAUUUACUUUUGAAAUCAAAUUCAAAGGCAAUAAAUUGGGGGAAUUUCCGGAGAAAGCCGGUUAAUUGGG